AUGCUGAGCUCGUCGGCGUCCAGGCGGGAGGCCGCGGCCAGGAGCGGCGAGCUCCCCAAGGCCGCCACCAUUGCCAAGAGCGGCGAGAUGCCCAGGGCGGCAACCAUGGCAGCCGUCAGGGAGGCCGCCGCCGCCGCGGUGCGCCACGAGGGAUGGAUGGUGCGCUAUGGCCGGAGGAAGAUCGGCAGGUCCUUCUUCCACACGCGCUACUUCGUGCUCCACAGCAAGCUGCUAGCCUACUACAAGAAGAAACCAAAGGACAACAUGGUUCCGCUCAAGUCUUUGCUAAUAGAUGGGAAUUGCAGGGUCGAGGAUAGAGGGCUGAAAACACAUCAUGGGCAAAUGAUUUAUGUCCUGUGCAUUUAUAACAAGAAAGAAAAGGAGCACCAGAUCACGAUGGGUGCAUAUGAUAUUGAGGACGCAAUGGCAUGGAAAAAGAAGAUAGAACUCAUUAUUGAUCAGCAACAGGACUCUAUGACAGCUAAAAACCGUAAGGCCUUUGCAUCAAUGGACUUUGACAUGGAACUUGGAGGGAACUUUUCAUUUUCAGAUCAUGACAGUGCAGCUGAAGAUGAAGAGGAACGGCCUACUUUGACUCGCAGGACUACUAUAGGGAACGGCCCCCCCGAUUCAAUACAUGACUGGACCAAAGAGCCUGACCUUGGUGUGUCCAAUGAGAAUGACCCCAAUCAAGUUUACUCCAAGAAGAAUUGGCGACUACUUAGAUGCCAAAAUGGAUUGCGCAUUUUUGAAGAACUUCUGGAAGUUGAUUACCUUGCAAGAAGCUGCAGCCGAGCUAUGAGGGCUGUAGGUGUAGUGGAAGCCACAUGUGAAGCCAUUUUCGGUCUGGUGAUGAGCAUGGAUGUAACAAGAUACGAAUGGGACUGUAGCUUUCGACAUGGUAGUUUAGUUGAAGAGGUUGAUGGUCACACCGCAAUACUAUAUCAUAGGUUGCAGCUGCACUGGUGUCCAAUGUUAGUCUGGCCCCGAGAUCUUUGUUACGCUCGUUAUUGGCGGCGUAACGAUGAUGGAAGUUAUGUUGUGCUAUUUCGAUCAAUAGAACAUCCAAAUUGUGGUCGGCAACGAGGAUUUGUGAGGGCUUGUAUUGAAAGUGGAGGGUUCAAGAUUUCUCCUCUCAAGUGUCGCAAUGGAAGACCCCGUACUCAGGUUCAACAUCUUAUGCAGAUCGACCUGAAAGGAUGGUUCCUGAAUUAUUCUCCCUCCUUUCAGUACCAUUCUUUGCUGCAGAUACUGAACUGUGUUGCCGGGUUGCGCGAAUUUUUUUCCCAAACAGACGAAAUCCAUAUAACCCCAAGGAUUCCUGUGAUGGAACCGAUGGUUGAUGCGGCUUCAGCACAAAAAUAUCAGAAGCUUCAAGAUGUUGACUCUAAGACGAAACCAUCAGGUCAAGGUCAAGCAGAUAAUAAAAACAUGGGAAUGAUUGACGAAGAAUCGGAUGAGGAUGAGGAGUAUCAAGUUCCUGAAGCUAAUAUAGAGGAAGAUCCGAACAAAUCUGAUAAUAAUACUAAGUGCACAGAUGAGGCUCCAGAAAAACUUGAUUUAUCUUGCUUUUCUGGGAUUCUUCACCGUGAUGCUGAUGAGAAAAGCCGCAAUUGUUGGACAGUACCUGAUAGCAAGAUCUUUAAAGUUCGUAGCAAGAACUUUCCACAAGACAAAUCAAAGAUACCUGCAGCAAGUUAUCUCAUGGAGCUUGCGGCCAUAGACUGGUUUAAGGACACAAAGCGCAUGGAUAAUGUUGCCAGGCAGAAAGGUUGUGUUGCUCAGGUUGGUGCUGAGAAAGGGAUGCAUACAUUUGUUGUCAACAUACAGAUUCCUGGAUCAACUCAUUACAGCUUGGUCAUGUAUUUUGUCACGAGUUCCUUGAAAAAAGGAUCGUUACUACAGCGUUUCUUUGAUGGCGAUGAUGAAUUCCGCAAUAGCAGACUGAAGCUUAUACCAUCCGUCCCCAAGGGCUCUUGGAUAGUGCGACAGAGUGUUGGAAGCACCCCUUGUUUGUUGGGAAAGGCCGUAGAUUGUAGCUAUGUUCGUGGUCCUGGCUACUUGGAGGUGGAUGUUGACAUUGGUUCUUCUGCGGUGGCAAAUGGAGUUCUGGGCCUUGUAUUUGGUGUGGUGACAACAUUAGUGGUUGAUAUGGCCUUCCUAAUACAGGCAAACACAUACGAGGAGCUCCCGGAGCAGGUUAUUGGCGCAGCUCGGCUAGCUCAUGUCGAACCGGCCACAGCAGCAGUUCCUGACAUUGGCAAUACGCCAAGUGAUAGCAGCAGCAACAGCAGCAACGACGAUAACAACAACAAUACUUCCUCGGAGGAUGACUUGUCCAGGAAAAUGAAAUGA